UUCAACUGCUGUGCUAUGUUGUUUACUGUGUUCGCAAAGUGAUUUUGACAGCUCAUCUUUUGACAGCUGUUUGUGCAAGAGUGCUAUAAAUAUUGCACAAAAAUGGAAUCGUCAGAUACCGGAAAUGUUAAACCCAUGGAUUUGGGUGGGCGCUUGGUGCGUGAACGUGAGCGUCUCAUUGGUAUGACAAGUGAAGAACGUGCAUGGCGUAAACAAUAUUUAAAAGAUUUACAAUUGUCUCAUGGACCUCGUCGUGUGCCAGAAUUGGAAUUGGAAUUAACAAAUCCCAUAAGACGCUUUUAUAAAGCACCUCUCGACAAACUUUGCGAUGUGCUUACACCAUCACUUGGUUUUCAACGUGCAUUUGCCGUGCGUUUCUAUUUGGGCAAAGUUGCUAUGGCGGUAACAUUUGUUUAUGCGACUGCAUAUUAUUUUAAAUAUAAUCAAAAUGAUUGGACGCGCAAAGGUGGAUGGCGUGUUAUAAACUCUCGUCCUGCGUGUAAUCCGGGCGAUGAAGGUUUCCCUAAACUAUCCGAUCGUAACGAACCGCGUGAUUAUGCUGCGCGUGGCUUCAAGGAAUCACCUAUAUAAAAUCUAAUAAGGAAAAGUAUAAUGAACACAAAAACAAAUUCUUAACUUCUAAAAUAAUUAUGUGAAAUCGAUUCGCUGAAACAAUUGCCGAAGUGCGAUUUAAUGUGAAAAGUAACUUCUUAUGUGAAAAAUACCAAUAAAUUAAAUAAAAUUUAAAAAAUUAAUAUUUAUA